UGAGGGACUGCACGUAGCAGCGCAUAGUAAAGAGAGGGAAACAAUCGUUGCCAGCAGAUGGCGAGUUCAAGACCGAGGAUACGCCGACGAUAAAGCUCGACUGCUCACCAGACACUUCAGUCAGACUAGGAGGAACUAGGUGGCAACACAAGGACGCAGCCCAAGAACCGGACUCCGGGAGAGUAAGUAAAACAGGAGCAUCUGCCAUUGUGGUUUGGAAAUCACAGCAUUUAAAGAAUGGGCCGACUGGGUGGUAUAUUGAUUUUGAGUUGUUUCUUUCACACUCUCCUGGCUCAUAAUGACUUCUACACCUCCAUUGGUCAGAUGACUGAUUUGCUGUACAUAGAAAAAGACUUGGUGACCUCGCUAAAGGACUACAUCAAAGCAGAGGAGAGCAAACUUGACCAGGUCAAAAAAUGGGCUGAUAAGCUGGACUCUCUGACCAGCACGGCUACACAGGACCCCGAGGGCUUUCUGGGGCAUCCGGUGAACGCCUUCAAACUGAUGAAGAGGCUUAACACAGAGUGGGGAGACCUGGAGAACAUGGUGCUGAAAGACACCUCAGAUGGUUUCAUCUCUAACUUGACCAUCCAGAGGCAGUACUUCCCAACAGACGAGGACCAGACGGGAGCAGCGAAAGCUCUCCUCAGACUGCAGGACACGUACAUGCUGGAUGCCAACACCAUCUCUAUUGGAAACCUGCCUGGUGUGACCCACAAGAGCCCCAUGACGGUAGAGGACUGCUAUGAGCUGGGCAAGAUCUCGUACACCGAUGCGGACUACUACCACACCGAGCUGUGGAUGACCCAGGCCCUCAAACAGCUGGACGAGGGAGAGGAGUCCCCCAUAGACAAGACCACGGUCAUCGACUACCUCAGUUAUGCCAUUUAUCAACAGGGGGAGCUGGAGAGAGCCCUGGAGCUGACUAAAAGACUUCUGAAACUGGACCCAACGCACCAGCGCGCCAACGGGAACCUCAAGUAUUUUGAGUUCCAGCUGGAGAAGCAGAGGAAACAGGAGGAGGUCCAGAAGGCCAAGGCCACCCAGACCAGCCAGGUGAAGCUCAACGACACCGAGAAGAGAGAGGCGCAGAGGAAGCGCUCCAAAGACCCGCUGCCAGAGAGGAAGGUGUACGAGAGGCUGUGCAGAGGAGAGGGCAUCAAAAUGACUCCUCGCAGGCAGAGUCGGUUGUUCUGCCGUUACUAUGACAACGACCAUAACCCGCACUUCCUGCUGGCUCCAGUGAAGCAGGAGGAUGAGUGGGACAAACCUCGCAUCGUGCGCUUCCAUGAGAUCAUCUCUGACAGCGAGAUCGCCAAAGUGAAGGAGCUGGCCAAGCCCAGGUUACGCAGGGCCACCAUCUCCAACCCCAUCACAGGUGUGCUGGAGACGGCCCACUACCGAAUCAGCAAGAGGCGUGCCACAGUACAUGACCCCCAAACUGGAAAGCUCACCACCGCUCUAUACAGAGUCUCCAAGAGUGCCUGGUUGACGGCCUACGAACAUCCAAUGAUUGAGAAGAUAAACCAGCGAAUUGAGGACCUCACUGGCCUUGAGAUGGACACAGCAGAGGAACUCCAGGUGGCUAAUUAUGGAGUGGGUGGUCAAUAUGAGCCUCACUUUGACUUUGGCCGGAAAGAUGAACCUGAUGCGUUUAAAGAGUUGGGCACAGGCAAUCGCAUUGCCACGUGGCUCUUUUAUAUGAGUGACGUGGCAGCAGGGGGCGCCACCGUGUUUCCAGAUGUUGGAGCGGCCGUGUGGCCCAAGAAGGGAACUGCAGUGUUCUGGUAUAACCUGUUCCCCAGCGGGGAAGGAGACUACAGCACCCGACAUGCAGCCUGCCCUGUGCUGGUGGGAAACAAGUGGGUAUCAAACAAAUGGAUCCAUGAAAGAGGGCAGGAGUUCAGACGACCCUGUGCCCUGGACGAGACGGCAUCAUGAGAUUGCGAAAAAGCGCUCCCUUUUCCCUUCCUUCCAACAAACACCCCCUACACUCCAACCAUCAAGAAAUGGACUUUGACAAUCUGCACAUCUGCCACCAAUCUCUCUGUCCCUCUGUCUGCCUCCCCAUGAACAGCCCCUCCUGUCUCCUAAGGUGCCCCACCCGCAUCAGGGUGGAGCCUGUGGCAGGCUACCAGCCCACGGCCACCAACUGCCUCUGUGCCUUGUAGGCCUCUCACCGCAGGGCUAAAUUAACUCUGCUGCAGUAUUGAAUGGGUGUUCAACAAGUCUCUUAUUUUAUUAUGGCUCCAUCUGUACUCAUAACCCUUCUCACAGAGGCAAUGUAGGUCACAUAAAAAUGGGAUUCUUUUCACUGUUCAUGUCUUUGCACUUUGUAGUGGUAACAGUCGCAGAAGUAAGUGGCUUGUUUAGGCAGACAGCAUUUGUUGAAGGAAGGUGAAAAGUUGAGCCUUUUUGAUGUGUAUUUAACCUUUGCCAGCAGUAGAAAACAUAUGAUCACACUGAAGGAGGGAAUGCACGUUUUGUCUGUACUUUGAGCCCCAUGGUGCCCUUGUCAUCCCUGUAGUUGGAAUUGGCAGAAGACUGUUAUCAGCAUCGAAUGCAUCCAAGUCAUUUGAAUUCAGAUCCACGCCAUGAGCCAGACUUUUUUUUUUAAUUAGCCUGUAGGUGUAAGAUUCUUGACACACCCUAAAAAAGUUAUAUGCAAUCUUGUUUGCUGCCUUUUAUGAAUGAAGGAAUAAACAUUCAUGAUAUUAUAGCAAAAAACAUCAAUCACUGGACAUCUUGAAAAAGAGCUGUGAAAAAGAAUACUACAUGACAGGAAUACAGAAAGCACCUCUGAAUCCAGUUUGAUACCAAUUUCUGUGCUCUCCAGCGAUUUUUUUUUAUGGUACAAAUUGAACAACCACCAUAAUUAAUUGGAGGUGGGUGGAAUGUACAAUCAGUUAUAUCAAGGAAUGGUUCAUAAUGUAUUGCACUCUUGAUUUUAAAAGGCUAGGUUUUCCAAAGACCAGACAUUCAUGUCCUUAAUCAUUCCCAUCACUCCAUGAUAUUCAGUCAUAACAAGCAUGUUAUGACACAUACAUAUAAUGGCACAUUUAUGCUGGUAUCUUCUGCUUGGGUAACUUAAUCAUCUUCCGCGAAAUAAAACUUCCAUAGCCCUAACAACCAGGUGAUGAAAAAGACUGAACUUUUAAAAAGAAAUCUCACAGAGAACCAAAGAAAACUUUAACAAGUAAACCCCUGUUGAUGGCCGGAUCUAUUUAUAUCUCAUUCCAGAUUCAACCAAUAUUGGAAUGCUUGUGAAAGUGUGAAAUGAAUGUUUUCUAUGGAAAUAAAUAUAAGAUCAUGAAA